AUGUUCCGCCGCAGAAGACGGAGUGACACUCCUCCACCAACACCUGCAGAGCAGUUCAGAAGAGAUGCCGAGUUCACACUUCCAGCCGCAACCCAAGGCCAGUCUCCUUUGCUUACGCUACCUGCGGAGAUCCAACGGAUGAUCUUCACCGAACUACUUGGUGAUAAACUUGUUCACGUCCAUCUUCGCCAUAAGGACGACAAAAACGAACGAGAAGGAGCUCCCAGCAAGGUUUCGAGAUGGAUCCAUUGCGUCUGUCUUCGUGAACGCAACGCAGUUCCUCACUACCACGAUGAAAAGAACCACAAGUGGUGUUUUCUGUCCAUAAAUAUCCUCAGAACUUGCCAGUUGGCAUAUCUCCAGAGUCUCCCAGUCCUCUAUCAGACCAACACCCUAGCCUUCCGCUGUGUGAGAGAUGCGACACUGUUUGAAAGUCUUUUUGUGCAUUUCUCGUCACUGAUUCAGUCUGUCGAUCUUUAUUGUACUGACUGUGGCUGCUUCGCGGAAAACCUCUGCCGUAGACAGUGCCACAGCGAUCGCCGUUGGAGAAUGAAUAUGUACAAUUUCGACAGCUACUACCAGUUGUUCUUGAAUACAACAAGCAGCAGUGCUAAAAUCAGAAUUUUGAGGCUCUAUUUCGAGAAUGAUGACAGCUCAUCCUUCCACCAUCGAAUAAAAGCGCUGCUAUCAUCCAGCGUUCAACCUGACGCUCAGAUUCAGAUAUUUGUUCCAGGCGAAUUUGACAAAAGGGCAGAUGCGACAAUCAAGGUGGAAGCUCCACCUACCAAGCGUGAUCGUGUCACUGUCAUCACACAUGCGAAGAACCCUUUCUCCGUCUGUCGUGGAGAAAUGUCAGACGAAGAGGCCGAACAACACACUGAUGGCAAUGUAGGCCGUGUCGUGGAUUCUAAUCCUAGAGACGAAGGCUUGGCAUAG